AUGACGGAUGCCUUGGAACAGAGUGUCUUUGCCUUAGAGAGAACAGUCUUGGUACUGAAGGAUUCUAUUGAAUCUUUAAAACAUGCAAAUGAACCUAGCACGAACCUUGCGUCGACGAUGCUACAAACCAAAAGAGUUUUCCGUUUAGUUCCUGAGUAUGAUGUUGAAAGGUCGAAAUUAGAUUUGAUUGAGGAGGUGGAACCAUUAGUAAGGACGCUGGGUGAUAAAUUACGGAAAUCUAUGAGUAAAAUGCAAAGGGAACUGGAUACAUUGCAGCAGACUUACGAAUUGAAUGAUUUGAGGUUAAAGAAGAACAUUAGUAUGAAUGACGACGGUAUUCUGCAUAGUUCAGAUAUGGGCCACGAAGAUGACGGUAAAGAUGCAGAUAUAAGCACAGAUGUGGUCAUGAUGGCAUCUUCUACUAAUGAGGAAUUGGAAGAACUGAAGAAGUUAAAGGAAAGAAAAAAGCAAUUGGAGAUUAAGUUGCAAAUACUCAAACAGAAAUAA